UUUACCACCACCGUUUGACUUGUUUCUUCUCAAACGCCAAAGGAACUUGUUUUCUUAUAGCUACCGUCUACGUCUCUCUUCUUUAGAUCACGUAUUAUUCCUUUUCGUUUCACGAUCGACCAACACAUGUCCCGACACCUGACCGCUCUGGUCCUGGCCGCCGCCGUCUUGGCGGCGUCCACAAUCGCCGGCGUCGAUGCCCGUGUUGUCCACCCGGGUCCGUACCACGUCGUCAUCAGAUCCGCCGGCGAGCCCGGGCGUCGCCUGAUCGGCAUCGGCAAUGCCGCCGACAUAUGCAAAGAGGUGCACUACAAGACGCUGUGCGGCACGCUGACGACGCUGCCCGGGGUGAUGACGCCGCAGCAGCUGCUGGACGCGGCGCUGCGGGUGGCGGCGACGAAGGCCGGGAUGGCCGGGGAGCGGGUGAACGAGGUGAUCAAGUCGUCCAAGGGGAAGGACGGCGGCGGCAUGUCGUCGGCGCUGGGUACGUGCAAAACCAGCUACGCGUCGCUGGUCGAAGCGCUGCAGAAGGCGCGCAGGACGCUCAACGGCGGGGGCAGCCACGACAACCUGAUGACGGAUCUGUCCGCCGCCAGCACCUUCUCCACCGACUGCAGUGACGCCUUCGACGAUUUCCCGGAUCUCACGUUGCCCAUACCCGGGGUGCAGCGCCACGUCACCCGCCUCGUCACCAACUGCCUCGACCUGGCUGCCACCAUCAAGCAAGGUAACUGAUAACAACGUGGACGUACCACAUGCAUGCAUGUACACUGGACGCUCUGCUUUCCAUGUGCGUACGUAUAUAUACGUGUGUAUUAGCGUACAUGGUCUGCGUGUACAUUGGUCAUGGGCAGGGUAAUGCAGUGCGUAUGUUUCUUGAAUAUUUCUCGCAGCGGCAUAUAUAGGCAUACUGGAGAAUGGAGAUUAGCAAAGGAAAAAAAAAAGGUGUAGUUGAGGCCGGAUAUACUUGUGUGCAUGGGAGAUUGAUCGCCCGGAAAGGUGUAAUGUAAAUGUAAUGUACUCCUUAUUAAAGACAAAGUUACAUGCAAA